GUAAAAACAAAGCUCAAAGGACAUCAUAAGAGAAUAACUCCCCUUCGUUUUGUCUCAGUUCAUUCUCCAUCCAUAUGACUGCAAUUUCACAAGCAAAGCACAUAUCAUCGUGCAGUCCUGCUGAUCUGCUCUACUGCAGAAGAAGGCCACAGAAAGAUCCAGCAUUUAUAUCAACAACGUGAUGAGUUAACUAAUAGACUACAUGGUCCCACCACGGCAGAUAGAGUCUGAAGACUAACUUAACUAACUCUGAGAAAGCUAGAAGGACUAUCACUGAAGUUUCAGAUCCAGUAAAGGAAAAGGCAAAGGCAUUGAAAAUAUUCAUUAGUCAGAGGUCAGCCGUUUUCAAUUUGGACGAAAGAUGAAUGUGCUUACUGAACUUCUUACCAGGAAGAUAAUAAGAAUCUAUAGGAACAUCACCAAAGUGCUGCAACAAUGACAUUGUACACACUGCUUCAAUCAGCUGGCACCUCAUCGCUAAUGUAGAUGCUGAAGUACCAAUACUGCACCAGGAGUACUGCAUAAGACAUAUACAUGUUUCCUGGUAAAGUCAGACGCACAACGAAAAAAACUUAUUCAAUGUCUUAAAGCAACAAUUGAAAGAAUGGUAUCUCAGUAGAACAGAUCAGCAGGACUACACGAUGAUAUGUGCUUUGCUUGUGAAAUUGCAGUCAUAUGGAUGGAGAAUCAACUGAGACAAAGCGAGACUGAAGAUCGCAUAUUGCACUAUCUGAACAAGGAAUGCCAGAUUAAGGCAGUUAUGUAUGCUGGCGAAAUUGAGCAGUAUGCAGAUAAGCUUAAACUCAUGAAUACCUACCUCAUCUCUACUGCAAGAGUGAAAGUCUCACCAACUUCAUACGGCAAGCCAAUACAUAAAUUUUACUGGAUUCUUGACAAAGAAACAGUAAUUGAAGAAAUCAAACCAUCUAAUGAAGUUGAAAAUCCACUUCCACCGCCAACCAAGCUGAAUAUCACAAGCUUUGACCGCAUUCCUCAUCUGAUGGUUGAUUCUGCUGCUGAAAUUGAUAUACUAGCAAUCGUUCUUCGUUGUGGUCCUCAAAAAAACGCAGGUCACAGUCAUCAUAGGUGUUGAGAAAUUACCCUUUGUGACAAUCAGAAAAAUCAGUUUCUCUUCACUCUAUGGGAGGAUUUCGGAGAAAUAGAAGGACAUGAAAUUUCCUCUAAAAUGGCAACAGAGGCAGAUCUACUUGUAAUCCUCGGAAGGAGUAUAGGAAUCUCUACUUAUCAAGGAUUGUCACUGCAGACUAGGUACAAUUCCACAGUACGUGUGAAUCCGAAUUACCCACAAGCAGUGGCACUCAUCAACUGGGCAAAAGAAAAGAAAACAAUGUUGUUAAGUUGUGCAUCAGAGAAAACCUCAACAAGCUCAUAUGUCGCUCCCAUGAUAGUGACUCCUGCUGGCCAACAAGUUAUCUCUAUUGCAGAAAUCUCAUCAGCGCCUUCUAUGGGAGUGUUCUAUGUUGAAGCAGAAAUGGCCAUAUUAGAUGAAUUCCAAGACUUUUGUGUACUUGAAUGCUCAGGAUGCAAACAGAAGAAGCGCACAAAGGAUAGAAAGGAUUUUGAAUGUCCAAAAUGCAAUCGGAAAACAGCAUUAGUGCCUCGCUGUAGCUUUCAAAUUGAUCUUAUUGACGGUACUGCUACAACCACAGCAUCUAUCUCUGCUGAAUUGGGAGAAAAAUUACUGUCCAUGACAGCAGAAGACAUAUUUGACAUAACUUGCACUAAGCGACAAUCAUUGUCUCUUAAUCAUGUCCAUGAGAUGUUGUCAAACAAAGUAUUCGAAAUUCAGCUAAGGAAGUCAUCUUGGGCCAGCUGAAAUAUCACGCAUGCAACUUUGUCCGUUCUUUGCUACAUGGAAAAACAACAUACUCCACAGAGCACUACUGAUAGGACUUCUAAAAAGAUAAAGCCUUUGGAAAUAAGUGAGGUAGAAGUGAUGGCAACAACUACUGCAACUGGUUCUUCAAAUGCGCCACCAAAAUUUGAACCACCCACACCAACCAAAAAGGUCUAAAAGGAACUCCCUCACACCAUUUUGUCACUUUUGCUUAUAAUAGGGACAAUAUAAUGAAUGACUCUCCCUAUGCUUUGGUUUUUUGAAUGACGAAGAUUAGCUAUGGAGAGGCAAACUGCAGCGUCCUCUAAAUAUGAUAAACAAUGACAUGCUAAUCUUAUAUAGCAAAACUGCAACAUGUACUAUAUUAUUUUGGUUGUAUUACAUUAGUUAGUAUGUGCAAAUCGUUCAAAUCGACAUCAUACUGAUGUCUAUUGUACAUAUUCUGAAUAUUUCAAAUAGUACAUAAUAUAAUAUAUGAUAUUAUCCAUCUUCUACAAA